GGCCGGAAAGGUUCAACUGUCGUCACACGUGCUUUAGCGUUACGUUGUAUGUUUUCAAACGGCGGAUAUCGUUGAGUCCCAUUCAUUAAUAGCUUGUAUUUAGCUGUUUUUCCUGUUUCUAGCAUUAGCUUACAAUGGACGGAAAAGAAGACGAAGAUUGUUUGUUUCUUGAGCACGUUUUGGAUACACUUUAUGAGUUUGAAGAUGGAGCAGGAUCCAAAAAGAAGCUCAAGUCUCAGAAGAAGAACAAAAGAAAAAGAAAUGAGGAGGAGGAAGAUGAGUUGCCUGCAGUCACGGAUAUCUCCAGUGACUCUGAAAACAACCGAGUGGAUCAUGUUGGAGCUGAACAGCAGCAGCAACAACCAACGACUGAGCAAACAGGUCCAACCAUCAAGCGGGUGAGCCAUGUGAAGGUUGUAACAUUUCAGGACCCCAGAAAGAACCCGAAAACCAAGCAGACUCCAGCGCCCAACAAAAUAACCGCCCUUCAGAAGAUGACGGAGGAGAACGAGAGCGACCAGCUAGAAGAGCUCGACUUAGAAAAGUCUCGUCUUGAGGUCCAUCGGUUUGGAAUCACGGGCUAUAAGAAGGAGCAGCAGCGUGUUUUUGAACAGGACAGAGCGGUCAUGCUGGGAGCCCGACCCCCCAAGAAGGACUACGUCAACUACAAGAUGCUGCAGCAGCAGGUCAAAGACAAGAAGCAGAAGGCAAAGGAGGAGGUUCAGACGGACCUGAAGAAAAAGAAGAAGCCGAAAAAUCAAAGGACCACGAGGAAGAAGAAGGUGUCCUCUACUUCUGGCUCUGGCUCGGCCCCCACAGGUCAGGUGGGCCACUUCAAGAACGGCAUGCUGAUCCUCAACUCCAAGGAGAUCCAGAAAAUCAAAGGCAACAAGCGACGCAAAUAGGUGUGCGACUAUAUCCUCCAGGAUGGGAUAAACACAAGCAGACCAGAGAAAGAACUGGCUUCCCACCACCGUCAGUGACUCAUCUCACUGCAGGGCUGUUUGCAGUGUUGUGAGGAAGAGCACGAGAGCCGAAUACAACGUGAGCUGGGAGGCUGGUGUCUGCAGUAAAAUACAGGACCGUGUUACUGGAGACGAGAAUCCAAUUUACCGAUCCUCAAAGUGGACCCCGAAUGGGCCCAGAGACCGGACGUGGAUGCACAAAACUGGAGACUUUGGUCAAAUCAUAUUCCAUCACAGUUAAUUUAUUUUCUUUUUAUAAAUGACCCAAAAAAACCAAAGAAGACAUUUGCGUUUCUUGUGUUUUACACGGUAAAGGUUUUUAAAUAAUGCAGUUACAUUGCAUUUCUCAUAUACAAACCAUGUAGUCGUACAAAACAUUUACAUUGGCAGGAAGGGAGGGGAUCAUAACAGUACAGAUGGGGGUAAUUAUGUAUAAAAUAAAAAAAAAUGUACACAAAAGUUAAGUGCUGGCAGAUGUUUUCAUGAAGAAACACACAGACGAACAUGAGAGGGUACCGUAGUUUUUCUCCCUUUUUCUAAACCCUUGCGUUCGAGGUGAAAACAAUUACAGAUCUUUACAGAUAUUUAAUUCUGUUGAAAAGCUGAUGGAUUUUGAGCGACAAUAACAAUGGCGAAACACGAGGUGUAGUCUGGCAGUGUGCGGCCGGGUGAGGUCACAAAUUCUCACACUUUUUUUCUUUUUUUUUUUUUAAAGCAGCUUUUGUCUUAUUUAUACAUUUCAAAGAAGAAGAAGAAGAAACAGCACAAAUAAAUAUGAAGCUUAUCUGCAGCACAUUGUUUCAAAUCUGUAUUAUGUUGAUAUUUUAGCCUUUUUUUUAAAUCUUUAACCUGCGGCAAUACACCAUAGACAAUAAAUAUAUAUAUAUAUAUAUAUAUAUAUAUAUAUAUCAGUCGCCAUUCCACUUCUAUGCUGAUCAAAUUGAAGAGGGCAAUAUACAAAAGAAAAAAGAAAUAUGCAAUUCAAUAUAUUUACACACUUUUAUAGAGUAAAUACAUCUGCAAUUAUUUCAGUUGAACAGCUUACAGCAGUGACAUGCUCUUUCCCCCAGCACCAUAUCUUGGAUGUUAAAUAAAAUCUCACAUUCAUGGUGUAAGUGUUGGGGUAAAGGGACAUGCCAUACAAGCACUCUCACAAUAUCGAGACAGGAGUGACGACCAUGUGACUCUUUUAAAAUGUGUGCUUUUUGCCACCAAAAAAAAGUAUUGUUUUGAUAUUAAUUUACGAAAUAACGACGCAGAAAGUAAAAGGCGUAACCUCAUUUGACCUGAUACACAGUCCGACUCCCUGAACCUCCACCUAACACCUUGAGCUUCCUCUGCACCACUUUAACAUCAGCGCAGACAUGUAACCCCAAAGCAUCCGGACUCUCAGACGAUGGGCAAGCAUCCCCUCUGGUGAUGUGAUCGAUGUCUCACUUGGCCUGUGGGCCUCUAAUCUAUUCCUGGUUAAGGCAAAGUCUACCUCGGGGAGGGGGGGGCAGGUUGCUCGUCUGGUGUGGGAGGUGGGAGGACGGUCAGAGCCGAGCAACCUCGCGUGAUGCAAAAGCCGGCAGUCUGCAAAUGGUCCUUUGGGUGAUAGAUGUUUGCUUUCUUGGUCGGGAGGAACCGGUUCAAGUCCUGAUUUUGACACUAAUGGUGCAUUCAUGUCAUGUGGGAAAGAUGGUAAAACAUAGGCUUAGUUUCAGUUG